GCCCCGCCCCGAGUUCCGGUGCUCUAAGCACGGCAGGGGGGUCGGAUCGGCGGAGGAUGGCUCAGGAGGAGGGCCGGAGCCUGUCUGAGGCGCGGGCCCGGGUGGGGGUCUUACACGGCAUCACCGACCUGGGUAACAAGCUGCACUUCUAUAAGCGCUGGGCUCCGGACUAUGACCAGGAUGUGGCCGCCCUGCAGUACCGUGCCCCACGCCUCGCAGUGGACUGCCUCACCCAAGCCCUUCCGGGCCCACCUCAUGCUGCCCUGAUCCUGGAUGUGGCCUGUGGCACUGGCCUGGUGGCUGCCGAGCUGCAGGCUCGGGGCUUCCUCCAGCUGCAUGGAGUGGACGGGAGCCCAGAGAUGCUGGAACAGGCCCGAGCCCGUGGCUUCUACCAGCGCCUCAGCCUCUGCAUUCUGGGCCAGGAGCCUCUGCCCAGUUCUGAAGGGACCUUCGAUGCAGUGCUGAUAGUGGGUGCCCUCAGUGACGGCCAGGUGCCCUGCAGUGCCAUACCUGAGCUUCUGCGAGUCACCAAGCCAGGGGGGCUGGUGUGUCUGACCACCAGGACCAACCCAUCCAACCUGCGCUACCAGGAGGCCCUGGAGGCCACGCUGGACGGGCUGGAGAAGGCCGGGGCAUGGCAACGCCUGGUGGCCUGGCCGUGGACCGGUGGGAACUGGCCACCUCCGAGCUUGAGGUGGGGCCUGGAACUUCGGACAGUGAUGGCUUCAUCUCUGGCAUUGUCUACCUGUACCGGAAGCAGGAUGUGGCCCAGGUGGAGGGAGUGAGGCCCAGUCCUCAGCCCCCCGCUGACCUCUGACCCUCCGUGUGACCUCAGCCAGGCCCAUCCUUGGGCCUCCUCUGCUUCAUCUGUAAAAUGGGGCCCCUGUGCCAACCUUGCCCCUCAGGGAGUUCUGCCUAUUAAAUGAGUCCCAGAAGGGGUCGCAGGCCUCUGGCUCUGAUUCUCUCCCCCAGGAAGGUGACAUCUGUCCCUGAGAAGGACGGAAGUGAGAAGAGACGGAACAGAGAGGGCUCCCACCCCAGGCCGUCCCUGAGCCAAGCAUGGUAGGGCCACAGAUGUGACAUUGUGACUCCUGCCAUGGUGGCAGGUCCUCUCACCCCAACUGGAGGACCAGGAAACCCGUGCUCGUGCCUCUGGCCUUGACCAAAUACUUUCACGUGCCCAGGAUUCUCAUUUCUAAAGAGAGUCCGAAAGCUCGGCUCCAGGUGUGUCUUGGAGGCUCAUUAGGAAGGAGCCUUGGAGCUGGGCCUUCAGGACGAGCAGGAUUCAGAGGGCUGGAGAAAGGGAAAAGGACAUUCCAGACCCACAGCAGGGACAGCCUGGACCAAGGCCAGGACAUGGGACCUGGAGGGCGAGCGGACCAGCCUGGCUUCCCAGACAAAGCGGGGACAAAGAGGGGGAGAGGGCAGGUGGCCCACUCCCCAGAGCUGAGUGUUCUUACCUGGCCUCCCUCCUGGGGUCCCCAACCCUUCACCACGGUUCAGGGCACACAACGUGUUUCCUAUGUUUGGCUUCACCUUUUAACAAACGAAGGGUUUUGAGCAAGGUGAUUCCAAAGGUGAGGGCCAGCUCUGAUUUGUCACAAUUCCUCAAAACCAUUUUUUUUUUUAAAGAUUUUAUUUAUUUAUUUGUGAGAGAGAGAAUGAGAGACAGAGCAUGAGAGGGAAGAGGGUCAGAGGGAGAAGCAGACCCCCUGCCGAGCAGGGAGCCCGAAGCGGGACUCGAUCCCAGGACUCCAGGAUCAUGACCUGAGCCGAAGGCAGUCGCUUAGCCAACUGAGCCACCCAGGCGCCCCCCAUUUUUUUUUUUUUAAGUGUUCUUGUCCCGGCCACAUCACAGUGGUCCUGCUCCUCGCCGACCCCCUGCCCAGGCUUCUAGCCCUGCCCUGCCCACCUUCAUGGCUGAA